GUCGGUGGACAGGAGCAACUUGGUAGCCUGCCUGGAGCCUGUAUGAAGGGGAGGGGGAACACCAAGUCUGCCCCUCAAGUGGGUCGAUAAAAUCCAGCGCUACCUGUGACUUUUGGGAUGUUUACACAGAAUGGUAAUGUUGACCAAUGCAUAUCUGGUGCUUGGUGGUCAACGCGGUGGCAGGAAGCACCAACGGAUUUGAGGUCAACUUGAAUAUUAACGUUAACGGUCCCCGUCUGGCUCUUGUCUGGGAAAUGCCAUGUAUUCUAGCUGGAGAUGAGAAUGAAACCCAGUCGCAGUUUCCUCCUGGGCUUGUGCUCCAUGCUGGCCUUGGGUUUCCUCUACUACUCUUCAGGGAGGAUCAGUUUACGAGGCUGGAAUCACAAAUCAUUGUAUGACAAACAAGGGUUCCUUGUGAAGCUGGAUGGAAGUCUGCCCUUGGAGCUGGUAUACAAAUACGGCAAUCUCAGUGAAGGAGCCUGCAAGCCUGGUUUUGCCGCUGCAAAGAUGUCUGCCAUUUAUCCAAAGUUUACCAAACUGGAGCCCAUGUUCCUUGAUCCAAAUUACAAGCGGUAUGACAAGAUCGGUGAUUAUCCACCUCCAUUUGGUGUAAAAUCACAAGAGAAGAUCAUCGAUAUUCUUCUAUCAGCUACUAAGAGCUACGGCCUCGGGGAAGAACUUGACAGUAUGAGCUGUAAGACGUGCAUCAUCGUAGGGAAUGGAGGAAUCCUUGCCAACAAAUCCCUGGGACAGAGAAUUGAUGAGUUUGAUGUGGUGGUCAGGUUAAACGAGGCCCCAGUGAAAGGCUUUGAAAAAGACGUUGGCUCUAAGACCACUAUGAGGAUCACCUAUCCAGAGGGGGCCAUCCAGAAGACAGAACGCUAUGAGGCUGAGUCCCUGUUUGUCCUGUCCGCCUUUAAAGCUCUAGACUUCAAAUGGCUCAGAUACAUGGUCUUCAACCAGAGACUGCGCGGUACUGAUGGAUUCUGGAAGUCGGUGGCCAAGUACGUUCCAAGGGAGCCCAGCGACAUGCGUAUCCUAAACCCCUACUUCAUCCAGGAGGCCUCUUUCAAGCUGAUUGGGCUUCCGCACAACAAUGGACAGAUGGGCAGAGGGAAUAUUCCAACCCUGGGGACAGUUGCCAUAACCAUGGCUCUUCAUAACUGCGAUGAAGUAGCUGUGGCUGGAUUUGGCUACAACAUGAGCACUCCCCAUGCUCCUCUCCACUACUAUGAGAAGAUCAGGAUGUCUGCUAUUAAAGAGUCCUGGACUCACAACAUAUCUAAAGAAAAAGAGUUCCUGAUGAAGCUGGUGAAAGCUGGAGUUAUCCAGGACUGGACCAAUGGGAUCUGUGGUGCAGGAUGCUGAUGGCCUGAAAUCAGCUUUAAGGCUCUUGGAUGCAGCUUUGUGCUUACCUCUACCUGUUCCAACAUCUGAAGAGGGAACUGAAGGCUCUGCUGGCCGUGGUCCCAGCAAACAGAAGCAGCUGCUACAUGUUGGUCAGGGUUAAGACUGGGCGCAUAUGAGGCUUAUUGACAAGGACACCCUGCCUUAGUGUUGCAUAUUAUCAUGCUGCAAGCAAAUGGCCUCUGCAUUCUAUUGCAGUAUUAAGCUUGUCCUAGUCACGUGUAUAUUUUCUUCUUUUAGGUGAACUCAGUUUUGAAGAUCAAACCAGCACCCAAAGCAGGCUGCCCUAAAACUCAGCUUGCUGUAGACUGCAGAGAGAAGGAGCUGAUGUAGAUGUUGGACGAACUUUUGAGCCUGUGCCAAGAAUACCUCUAUAAGUGUCCUUCUGUUCCCACAUUUGAAUGUAUUCUACAUCAUACUCAAAGUUGUUGGAGACAUAUCUUUAAAUGUCUGUCUUAAACAGGGUGAAAACUUUGGCCACACAUAAAUCAGCCGUCCGACCAGUCUCUUACAUCUUUCUAUCAGAGCAACAUGGCAGUCAUCACAGCUUGUGUAGCUGAGUGUGUCAGAGUCAAUAUGAAGCUAUAAGUUUGAUUAAUAUAAGAAAAGAGCUACAGAAGCAUGAACAUAACCUUUAAUUUCACACUUAGAUACACAAUAAAGCUCACCGCACUGAUUUGAUGGAUUCUAAGAAGUCCUGUCAUGUUGGUUCUUGUACAGCAGAGAUACUAUGAUCCUUUAUUUACUGACUUUGUUAAAUGUUGAGAGCAUGGAUCAUUUGAUGCUGCCUCUUUUAUGUUUCUGAAAACUUCUUUUUCUUCAAAUUCCUCUCUAGAAAACAUGAAAAGUGAAACUAAGUCUGCAUGCUGCGCAGGUGCAGUUAAUUUGAGUCCCUGUAAAGUGAAAUCCAAACUUUGUGUCUUAACACACCAGAUAUGUUGGAAUAAGGUUGCUGUAAACAUGUUAAAACACUGAGAUCUGUGUGACUGAAUUUUGGAUUUAGGCUACAAGAAAGUUGUUCACCAAUUCUUGGCUUGGUUUUAUUUGAGCAUGGCAAAAAUAGGAGCCCAUGACAUCACCAGUCUUGAAGGGGAAUAGCCCCGCCCCCCUAAUGCUACAAUGACAUAAAAUCACCAAGCAAUUCAUCUUAAUACACUCUGUUGUAAGCUGAUGUCACUGCCUUCAUUGAAACUUAACAGCCAGUUACAUGCUGUUUUUUGUUCAUUGUGAGGUAAUUUUUCCUAAAUCUAUGAGCCGUGGUGGCCUGCAGGUCAUUAAAACUAUCAUAUCAGAGAGAUUUGUACCAGAAAACAGUAAAUAUAACCCCCAACUUCUGUCUCUGAUGAGGAGUAUUUUUUAAAAUUUAAGAGGAUCGUAAAGAGUGGUGCAGUGUUGAUGUCAUUUUGUAGACAAAACCUGGAAGUUAGUGUCAUGUGGGUUCCCUCGUGGCAGUGAGCCUAUGGGAUAUUUCAAUGGGUUUGUGGAACAUUGCAGAAAUAUGAUUUGAUUAAAAUAGAAAGCUAAUGUCAUGCUAUACUGAACUACAACACCAUUGACUGAAUUAAACAUCUGCCAUCAUGUGAGGAUACGAGUCGGCUCAGUUGCAACGCUUGACAUAUGAAGUAUAAUGGUCACGGCAAAUGCUGUAGUCCUAGUUAGCUGCCGUCUAGCAACCGCCUUUAUUAAGAUGUGAGAAGAUAUAAAAUUCAACAGUGGGUUACUCACUUCAGAUGUAUUUUAUAUAGAGAAAAAAAUGUUGAUAGAAAAAGUUUUAGAUGCACAUCCAACCAAGGUGGGCAGGUGCUGAGCCAUAAAUGAGACAAAGAAUUAACAGAAAAAUGUCUUGCACACUGCAGGGCUCCAAAAAUAUAUUUACUUAUUGCACCCAAGUUGUAACGUUUUGAGCACUGCUGCUCUUCAUCAGACAUCAGAAAAAAACAACAAAAAAAUGUUAAAAUCUUUUGAGCUUGUGUUCACCACAGACCUUAUUUCAGGCAUUUAACCAAAAACUCAAAUAUCUCAAAGACGUCCUGGCGAGGGAACCAGAAUUGGUAAAAUGCUAGCUCACUUUUGCAUUUUAGGACUCAUUCCUGCACCACUCUAUUUCUUGUGGGUGGGCGUGGCUUUAACUCAUUCAACCGACACGCCCACACCAUCCUAGAGCAGAUUUUACUGCCUCAUUUUUCAUGACUUUGAAGCUUAAUUUUAUAACUUAAGAAUAUUUUUCAUCACUGAAAUUUGGCCUGGUUUGUCAUAACACAGUGACCUGUCAUACAGCAAACCUAAAAUACUGAUUUUUUUAAUCACUUUACAGGGACUUUAACCGGUAAAGUUACAGCAGUCAAUUUAAUGAAUAUCUAAAUUCAUUUGAAGACAUACCAAGUGGAGUCAGAAUGCAGCUCAGCUGCAUCCAGGUGACAAUUGGGAUUACUUUAUUGAGUCUUAAUAUUAUGACCUACAGGUUGGGUCAUACUGACUUUCCCUAUUGUGUAGAACACAUGGUUUGUAGACGAAAACAUGUUUAAAUAAAAUACUACAGUCUUUUUUUUUUCACUGUAAUGUGAUGUAAAAAUCUGCAUUUGACAGUGAAAUCUGACUGGAAGAUCUGCUGUCUUAAAACAGAUGUAAAGUCAAAAAUUAGUGAGUGUUUCAGUCCAUUGAACUUUUGCAUAAUAUCCUCAUUUCACUCAAAGAGCAGCACCUCAUUGUUUUCUUACUUUAUAAGGAAGAAAGUUGAGCUAUGAGAGCAUAUACUGUACGGAGAGCUUCUAACACCUGUUAAUCAUAUCUGUAGCUAUGUUUCUGUGUGACAUGAAAUCAGCUGUGCAUGACUGCUGUCUUCAUCAUACUAGACAGCAGUGUAUUCAAUUCCUCAUGUAUGGAUGGCUGAGCAUAUAAACCACAUCCAACUAGCAUUGUUCAGCUUUCAUCAGCUCUUUGCUACAGUUAAUUUUGUUUUCAAGUAAACAGCAGAUUAGUCUGACAGUCUCCCCGACAUCAAGAAGACAAAAACAAAAAUCUGCAAAAGGCAAAUAAACUUCUAGUUUGAGCUUAUGUAAUGUUACCAGCCCUACUUCUGCAUGGCCCACAUCUUAACACAGGGACAGAGAUCCUUUUGUAUUUCACAUAGUGAUCAAGGACAGUGAGAAAGCUUGCAGAAAUAGAAAUUCUGAUGAAAACAGUGUGACAACAAUACUUAAAAUGGCUUUACAAAUGUUUAGUGAGCAAGAAAAUGUGUUAGAUAUGUUUAUUUUAAAAGAAGGAUGAAUAUUUUGUUACGCUCUGCACCAGUGGAUUUGAACAUAACUUGUGUUUAUCUGUUUAAAACUUUGUUUGGCACCUUUAAACUUACUAACAUUAGGAAGCCUAGAUAGGUUAAGCCACACUUGAAAAUCAAAGUUCAGUCCUAUUAACAUAUUUGAUGCCUGACAUGUAUUUUUGGUUUAUUGAAUGAUUGUUUUAUGUUAUACAUAUGUAAAUGGAAAGUGCUGGCGAGGUUGUGCUUUUAUGUGCUACAAAGACCCCACCUCCUUCCCCCAGUUCUCUUUAACUCUUUUUUAAGCUUGUCACUGGUCCUUAUUUAUUUUUAUUUGAAGCCUUGUUCAUGAUAGUUUGUCUGAGUCAAACACCAAAGCAAUCCCCUCAAUCACUUCAUUCAGCCCUGUUAAAGGCUGCUAUCUCAGGCCCCUUGACAUGUUUCAGUAUUACUAUCAUACACAUGACGUCUUUAUAGCUUUAUAAAUUUCACAUUAUUUAAAGACAUCUGUGCUGUGAAGUCUGUGAGUGUUUGUGUUGCUUUAUAUACUAUGGCCUGCAUAGUUUGCUCAUCACACUGCAGGUGUUACUGGUCAGAUACUCAUGCCAAAGUAUUCAUAUAUUUAUUGUUGGCCUUGCACAGAAACUCAUUGAUAAAUAAAUACUUAAGAAUGCUG